CCUUAUUUUCUUUAUCUGAAACCUCAACCCUCUCAAAUGCUAAUAUAACUUAAGAAUAUCCCAUGGCUGCUGCUCCUCAACAACCAACUUUAUCUGAAACCAUAACCACCAACUCGACAUCGGAAAACAAUGUUACGAUCAAGGAAAAGAUCUACACAAGACUCCGUCUGGCUACGAAAGCUGACCUUCACCAUAUAUACCAACUGAUUUACCAAAACCAUGCAUACCAUAACGACGCUCAUCUCUAUAAAGCCACUGAAUCCUCCUUAGGGAACUUACUCUUUAAAGAAAACCCUCUUCCCUUGUACUACGGGCCAACCAUACUUGUACUCGAAGUCUCACCAACUCCUUUUACCGAAUCCAAGCAUACCACGGACCAAGGGUUCAAGCCCGUCCUUACAAAGUUCGACCUUAAAUUCCCCGUCGUUGAAGGACAGGCGGAGGAAUUCAGGUCCAAAUAUGAUGACGGCAACGAUAAACAUGAUGUUUUUAUGGCGGGAUAUGCUUUCUUUUACGCUAAUUAUUCGUGCUUCUAUGAUAAACCUGGGUUCCAUGUCGAGGAUCUUUACUUCAGGGAGAGUUAUCGUAAGUUGGGAAUGGGAAGACUGUUGUUUGGUACUGUUGUGUCCAUUGCUGCUAACAACGGGUUCGUUUCGGUGGAGGCAAUAAGUGCAGCUUGGAAUAAGAUGGUAAAUGAUUUAUACAUAGACAUGGGAGUUGAAAUGUUUGAUGAGUGUAGAUAUGCGAGGUUGUGCGGUGAAGCGCUUCAAAAGUAUGCUGAUAAGGAGAAAAGUGAUGGAGGGGGUUGUUAGUUUUUUUUAAUUCUUUUAUUACCUUAAAUUCCAAUAAAUUUCUUCUUAUUUACUUCUGUAAAAGAAGAGUGUUCAGUGUGUAUUGUAUUGUGUUUUAUUUAAAAUUUAUCCUAUCUAUACAUGAAUUUAAAUAUAUUGAUUUGUUGUCGAUA